AGUCCUUCAAGCUAGCUUAGUCCGCUUUCCGUCCCGGCCUUUCCUCGGCACUAAGGUCUCUAGGGGGUUCGUCUAGAAGCCCGCUGGAGAAAGGCUGCGGUAGGGGUCGCCUUGGCUGUGCAGCAUGUUGGGAGUCGUGGUCCCCUCGUGCAACAUUUGGGAGGCCAAGCUUGCCCUGAGUGGUUGGACCACAUCACGUGAUGUGCACAGGGCGGCCACAGGGGAGUAACCUGUGGUGCUUUGUGAGGUCAUCACGGCGCGACGACGAGCUGCAGUUGUGGGCACCCUGUAUGCGGUGGCUAAUACUCUCCUGAUGACUCCGAAUUUUCUAUUUUGUACAUACAUUAUUUUGUAUAUACUGUAUAUGAUGACUUCAGUGAGCAGUGACCAUUGUCGAGGUGCUCGGGAAAAACCACAGAUUUCAGCAGCACAAUCAGCGCAACCACAGAAACAAGUGGUACAGGCAACAGCUGAACAGAUGCGUCUCGCUCAAGUGAUCUUUGAUAAGAAUGAUUCAGAUUUUGAAGCUAAAGUUAAGCAGCUUAUGGAAGUGACAGGGAAAAAUCAGGAUGAAUGCAUAGUGGCCCUACAUGAUUGUAAUGGAGAUGUGAACAAAGCUAUCAAUGUAUUGCUGGAAGGGAAUUCAGACACAACUUCAUGGGAGACUGUAGGGGGGAAGAAAAAGAAUUUUGCAAAAGAAAAUUCAGAAAACAAAGAGAAUAGAGAGAAGAAAAGCGAGAAAGAAUCGAGUCGUGGACGUGGAAACAACAACCGGAAAGGAAGAGGCGGCAAUCGUGGCAGAGAAUUUAGAGGUGAAGAAAAUGGAAUUGAUUGCAAUCAAGUGGACAAACCUUCAGAUCGUGGCAAGCGAGCCCGGGGUAGAGGAUUUGGACGUGGCAGAGGGAGAGGGGCAGGAAGGUUCUCAACCCAAGGCAUGGGGACAUUUAAUCCUGCAGACUAUUCAGAUUCUACAUCUACAGAUGUGUGUGGGACAAAGCUAGUAGUUUGGGAAGCUGCUCAGAAUGGUGCAGAUGAGGGAACUGAACUGGCAUCAAAUACUCACAACAUAGCUCAGGAUCUGUCAAACAAAAGUUCUUAUGGACUCAAAGGGGCUUGGAAGAAUUCUGUGGAAGAGUGGACAACAGAAGACUGGACUGAAGAUCUUUCUGAAACAAAGGUCUUCACUGCCUCAUCUGCUCCAGCAGAGAAUCACAUCUUACCUGGGCAAAGCAUUGAUCUGGUAGCCUUGCUCCAGAAGCCUGUUCCUCACAGUGAAGCCUCAGAAGCCAACUCCUUUGAAACUUCCCAACAGCAGGGCUUUGGCCAAGCCCUUGUCUUCACAAAUUCGCAACACAACAAUCAGAUGGCACCAGGGACUGGCAGCUCCACUGCCGUCAACUCCUGUUCUCCUCAGAGCCUGUCAUCCGUCCUUGGCUCAGGAUUUGGAGAGCUUGCACCACCAAAAAUGGCAAACAUCACCAGCUCCCAGAUUUUGGACCAGUUGAAAGCUCCGAGUUUGGGCCAGUUUACCACCACCCCAAGUACACAGCAGAAUAGUACAAGUCACCCUACAACUACUACUUCUUGGGACCUCAAGCCCCCAACAUCCCAGUCCUCAGUCCUCAGUCAUCUUGACUUCAAAUCUCAACCUGAGCCAUCCCCAGUUCUUAGCCAGUUGAGCCAGCGACAACAACACCAGAGCCAGGCAGUCACUGUUCCUCCUCCUGGUUUGGAGUCCUUUCCUUCCCAGGCAAAACUUCGAGAAUCAACACCUGGAGACAGUCCCUCCACUGUGAACAAGCUUUUGCAGCUUCCCAGCAUGACCAUUGAAAAUAUCUCUGUGUCUGUCCACCAGCCACAGCCCAAACACAUCAAACUUGCUAAGCGGCGGAUACCCCCAGCUUCUAAGAUCCCAGCUUCUGCAGUGGAAAUGCCUGGUUCAGCAGAUGUCACAGGAUUAAAUGUGCAGUUUGGGGCUCUGGAAUUUGGGUCAGAACUUUCUCUCUCUGAAUUUGGAUCAGCUCCAAGCAGUGAAAAUAGUAAUCAGAUUCCCAUCAGCUUGUAUUCGAAGUCUUUAAGUGAGCCUUUGAAUACAUCUUUAUCAAUGACCAGUGCAGUACAGAACUCCACAUAUACAACUUCCGUCAUUACCUCCUGCAGUCUGACAAGCUCAUCACUGAGUUCUGCUAGUCCAGUAGCAAUGUCUUCCUCUUAUGACCAGAGUUCUGUGCAUAACAGGAUCCCAUACCAAAGCCCUGUGAGUUCAUCAGAGUCAGCUCCAGGAACCAUCAUGAAUGGACAUGGUGGUGGUCGAAGUCAGCAGACACUAGACACUCCAAAGACAACAGGCCCUCCCUCUGCCCUCCCGUCUAUGAGCUCCCUGCCCAGCACCACCUCCUGCACUGCACUUCUGCCGUCCACAUCCCAGCACACUGGCGACCUGACCAGCAGCCCUCUCUCUCAGCUUAGCAGUUCGCUCUCCAGCCACCAGAGCAGCCUCUCUGCACAUGCAGCCCUCUCCUCGAGCACGUCACACACACAUGCCAGUGUGGAGAGCACCUCUUCCCACCAGUCCUCAGCCACCUUCUCCACGGCAGCGACCUCCGUCUCAAGUUCCGCAUCCUCAGGCGUCAGCCUGUCCGGUAGCAUGAACACCGCGAACAGCCUCUGUCUGGGUGGGACCCCCGCGAGUGCAUCCAGCAGCAGUAGCAGGGCCGCGCCCUUGGUGACCUCAGGCAAAGCACCCCCAAACUUACCUCAGGGGGUGCCUCCCCUGCUGCACAACCAGUACCUCGUAGGUCCCGGAGGACUGCUUCCUGCCUACCCGAUCUAUGGCUAUGACGAGCUCCAGAUGCUGCAGUCACGGCUGCCAGUGGACUACUAUGGAAUUCCCUUUGCUGCACCCACAGCGCUUGCCAGCCGAGAUGGGAGCCUAGCUAAUAAUCCAUAUCCAGGUGAUGUCACAAAGUUUGGCCGUGGGGACUCUGCAUCCCCUGCACCCACUACCACACCAGCUCAGCCACAGCAGAGCCAAUCACAGACCCACCACACAGCCCAGCAGCCCUUCCUGAACCCUGCACUGCCACCUGGCUAUAGCUACACUGGUCUUCCCUACUACACAGGCAUGCCCAGUGCCUUCCAGUAUGGCCCCACCAUGUUUGUCCCUCCAGCCUCAGCCAAGCAACAUGGGGUGAACCUCAGCACUCCCACACCUCCCUUCCAGCAGGCCAGUGGUUAUGGCCAGCACGGCUACAGUACAGGUUAUGACGACCUGACCCAGGGGACAGCAGCAGGAGACUACUCCAAAGGUGGCUAUGCUGGAUCAUCACAGGCACCAAACAAGUCUGCAGGUUCUGGGCCUGGCAAAGGAGUAUCAGUGUCUUCAAGCACCACCGGUCUACCUGAUAUGACUGGUUCUGUCUACAAUAAGACACAGACUUUUGACAAGCAGGGAUUUCAUGCAGGGACACCUCCAUCUUUCAGCCUGCCCUCGGCCUUGGGCUCCACUGGGCCCCUGGCCCCGGGAGCGGCCCCUGGCUAUGCACCCCCACCAUUCCUGCACAUCUUGCCAGCCCACCAGCAGCCCCACUCACAGCUGCUGCACCACCACCUUCCGCAGGAUGCACAGGUGAGUACAGUGAUGGAGGCAGCCACCCUGCUCUGGGCCAGGGGUUCUGCUCCAGCCUUGACAGCCUUCCCUUCUCCUCUUCCUCAGAGUGGCUCGGGUCAGCGCAGCCAGCCCAGCUCCCUGCAGCCCAAGUCUCAAGCCUCCAAACCUGCCUACGGCAACUCUCCAUACUGGACAAACUAAACCCAGAAGAGAGAGGUGGGCUGGGGCAAGGCUUAUCCUGGGCAGGAGAGAACACACGAGCACGUAUUUGAGUGCCCUUUCCUAGAAUUCCCGACAUGUCAGCCAUGCCUCUAUGGGGAGUCUGCCUCCCAGACUGGCUACUGUAUGUAAUGUAUUUAUGUAUGUAUUUGUAAAUGUGAUAGAAGUCUGGGGGGGAGUUGGGGGACGGCGGCAGAUGUUAGCCAGGUCUGCCCUCCCCAUUCAAGCCCCUUCUCCACUGUAGCAAAAUAAGCACCCCCACCCCAUCUGCCUUCAGGCCUUCUUCACAGCCUGCACUGCCCAGUGGGCCACUAGGGGCAGUCUCUGGAAGGGCUGGUUCAAGGCUGUUUGGGUAUAGGGGUCAGGUACCAAUGAAGAAUCACGACUUGUCUCACUCCUUUGGAAAUUGUUUUCUUUCCUGUGUAAUUACUUCAUACCUCUGUUUUUGAGAAACUGUUCCGUUUGUCAUCUGUCAUGGUCUCCUUCCACCAAAUCUUGAUCUGGGAAUAGCAGCGGUAUCCCUCUACCCAACACAAGUAUGGCCACCUGUUUGUCUUCAUAUAGAACAGGGGCUUCUGGUCUGGUCAUGUCCCUAGAGACUUACUAGAGACUGGCUGACCAUGAAAAAAAAAAAAAUAAUCUGAGUUAUUCAGCCAGUCAGCUCCCCUUUGAAAAUCUAAGGUAUCUCCAAGCAACACAUCUCCAUUCUAGUUGUCUUGAACCACGUGGGCAACUGUUUCAGGGGUUUUCUCUUGCCCAAUCCCCACCUAAUAAAGUUCUGAGAGCAUG